UCCCAUUCAUUCACUUGUAUUUAGUCUAAAAUGUCGAAUUCGGAGCAGUUUGACGUGUAAAUUAUAACAUAUUUUUUCUACUAAAGUAUGAUUUAAGUAGUCUAAAUAGUUUUACUCCAAAUAACUGUGACAAGUCUCUAGGUUAGUUAAUUAACGCAACAUAAGAACAAGGCAAAAGUGGCCCGAUGAGGUUCAGAUGUGAAACAAGUAGUUUACCUUCCAUGUAGCAUUUUUGCCGUCUGUAUACAACCCACCCUCGUUUUGCUAAAUUCAGGCUGCUAUGGGAUUGCUAAUUUCAAAAAUAUGGAGUCUCUUCGGGAACGAAGAGCACAAGUUGGUGUUAGUGGGGUUGGAUAAUGCAGGCAAGACCACCAUCCUGUACCAGCUGCUGCUGGGCGAGGCGGUUCACACGCGGCCCACGAUCGGCUCUAAUGUGGAAGAGGUUGUUUGGAGAAACCUGCGGUUUGUCAUGUGGGAUUUGGGCGGGCAACAGAGCUUGCGCUCCGCUUGGAACACAUACUACACUAAUAGCGAGUUCGUGAUAAUGGUGAUCGACUCGACGGACCGGCAGCGGCUGGGCAUCAGCCGCGAGGAGUUGCACCGCAUGCUGGCGCACGAGGAGCUGGGCCGCGCGUGUCUACUCGUCUACGCCAACAAACAGGACGUGAAAGGUUCAAUGAGUGCAGCUGAAAUAUCCGAGCAACUGGAUCUGACGUCCAUCAAGCAACAUCCGUGGCACAUACAGGCGUGCUGCGCGCUCACCGGAGAGGGGUUACAUUUAGGGCUCGAGUGGAUCGCGAGUCGGAUAAAAAAGAAAUGAUAGGCCACUGGUGAAGAUGAUGCGUUAUAUACUUAUAUUGUUAACUUUUAAAUUACUAUUAAAACCGGAUGACAGGAUUCCUUACGUAACGCACGGAAAUGGUAUCUAAACAAGGGGAUAUAACAAAGAAAGCCAGACCCAUGCAUAUAAUUCUAAAUUUGUGUUAACAAAGUGGAAAGUAACUUUUAAAGUUUUCCGUGACAUUAUAUCUUGUGCAAAUAAAAUAUGUUAAGUUUGUAAUGAAAAACUGCGUGUUAUUUUUAUCACUUGAUACGGCGUAGGAUGUCAGUCCAAACACUAUUAAAUAAUUAGGAAUUUUAAUAAUGAUUUGUUGAGUCUUUCGUCGAAGUGGAUUAAUGCAUCUAUUUCACUUCUGAAGCUUGAUCGAGUGUUUAACACCGAAGUUCUGUGUAGAGCAAAUAUGACUGUUAUGCAAUUUCCAUAAGGUACCUUUUGAUAUGCAAAGUGACAUAUGUAAAUCUGUUAAAGAAUUAGAUAAUUUUCUGACAGCAAGAUGUAUCAUAUGCAAGGACCCCAGCGAUAACAACGAAACUGAGCGCAGUUGCCGUUGCCGAAAACAGUCAAUUAGUCUUAUGUCAAUUCUUGGUAUUAGUUGUCAAGCGGACCCCAGGCUUUCAUGAGCCGUGGCAAAGUCCAAAGAUAAAACGGCGAUUUUUGUUUUGAGCUCCAUCGAAACCAGCAACAUAGAAACUAGUUUGAUGUUUUUAAAAGGUACUUAAAUACAAAAUGCAGUAGCUGCAGUAGUAGCAGUUAGCGGAUCCCUUUUUUAAAUAUCUUUCGUUAAAUUUAAAUAAUUACGAUUAUUUAGCAGUGGCAGCUAGUGUGCACGUUGAUAGGCUCGUAAGCCCCCUUUUAGCUUAAUAAUUCUGGGGUAAAAAAAGUACCUAUACCAUCUUUACGUAUGUAACGAGUUAAGAUCCGGAAACCAGCACAAAUUAUCGUGUUUGUCCUUUAUCGUGCUGGAACCGCAGACUCGCCGCGAUACAAGUCUCGUCUCGUGCGACAGUACGGUUCAUAACCCCUCGUUAUAAAUUGUCUUGAUGAAGCACUUUUAGUAAUAAAGAAAGGAACAAUCCUAGGUAAUAACCCUGAAAUCAAUUAUUUAUCGGGAAGUUAUUGAUCAAAUAUUAAAAAAUACAUGCUUAACUUUCAUGUGAAAAUGAACACAUAUAAUUAAAAUAAUUUACACUUCAUGUAACCUAACAUACCUGUGAGGUUUGGAAUCUUGUUAUUGGGUGACUAAUUAAUUACUAAAUGGAUAAAUGUUUUGGAGAAUGACUUAUCUAUCUGUGAAAUGUUUAUAUUAAUGAAAUCUACAUUUGUAAAGCAAAGUUGUACAGUUUAUUUAUUAAUAUUACGCAUCUGUUAUGAUUGGCAAUAUUUUGCAACUUAAGUGUAAUGAAAUAAAAACAUCUAUUGUAAUUAUACAAUUUUAUUUCAAUUAGUAAAUUUAAACAAAAUUUGUACAUAAUAGGAAAUAUCCUUAUGUUUUGUCUUGAUUGUUCUUAGAUAGGUACAGAUAAGAUAAUACAACAAAAACAUCACACAAUACCUAAAAACAGAGUGAUUACUACAAAACACAGGGUUCUUAAAGGCUUGAAUAAACCAUAAGUUAUUUAAAUGAAACAUUUCUUAUUUUCUCUAUUUAUAGUAUUUAAUGAGAUGCCAUUU